AUGGCUAGAAAAUAUCUUUCAGACGAAGAAUUACAACAAUAUAUAGUGAACAUAAGUGACGAAGAGUCUUUGGAUUCAAAGGAUGAACCUGAUUAUAAUGCCUCGGCAACUGAUACCAGCGACAGUGAUAGUGAAAAUUCGACGCCAAGACAUAAUGUCACUGCUCCAGGAGCAUCUGCAAGCCCUCCGGAUAGUUCCCCAAAGCCAGCAACAUCUGGAACUUCACCAAACAGAUCACCAGCUCAAGGAAUAUCUGGAUCCCCCCAAAACAUAUCCCCUGUGUCAGCUGGAACUGCAACUGCAGUAGAUAGUUUUGAAGAUAUUUGGAGUGACCCGGCCGGAAAACAGCAGCACUUCAAUUUCAAUGCUGAAUGUGGUAUGGAUCCAACGAUCUCAGGAAUAUUGGCAUUAACUGAACCAAUCGAUUAUUUUUCGUUAUUUUUUAACCACGAAAUAAUAAAUAUCAUGGUAAAUCAAACUAACUUGUUUGCCACACAGUAUCUUGAACGUGCAAAUGAUGUCCCAAGUUCUUCACGUCUGCAUGACUGGAUGCCAACUGAUGCAAACGAAAUGAAACAGUUUGUGGGUUUGCUUGGAUGGAUGAGCGUGGUGAAAGUCCCCGAACUUCCCGAUUAUUGGUCUCAAAAUCCAUUGUUUUCAUUUCCAUUAUCAAAAAACACCAUGCCACGCAAUCGUUUUGAGCUUUUACUGAGAUUUUGGCAUUUUGCUAAUAACGACGAAGCAACACCAGGAGAUCGCACGCAUAAAAUAAAUGCAAUUUUUAAUGAGUUUAUAAAAAAUUUCAAAAAUGCUUACACUCCAGGUGAAACCAUAUGCAUAUAG